AUGGCCAAUCCAUCUCCUUCCUCUUCCUCGGCAGCAGGCAUUGCAGGAGCUCCACAACAGCCCAAUUUCCGGUCCAUCUUUGGUACGGACCCGCUGGAUGAAUUUACCUGCUUCGUCGGUGGUUGGCUAUAUGUAGCUGCCCAGGGAGGAGACGUAUUGGAAGACUUGCGAGGCCUCGAGGCCAAGAUUGGAACGCUCAUCGAUACCAGGACGGGUAUGAGGGUACAGCUGCCAGUGGCUAACGAGACGAUCCUGUCGGACACUUCCAACAUCCGCUUCGAGUCAAACAUGACAACGGAGCAACACCGCCACUACAACAAUCUCCUCAAUUCUCUCGUCCGCCCUGCUCCCGAACGCCCAAAAGUAGCCUACAAGCGACACAAUGAGAUUGAUUAUUUCUUCCCAUCCUCCCAAAGCAAUGGUGGUAGAGGCGGUGGAGGGAGGGAGAAGGUCAGAGUGACGAGAGAAGCCGAAAGUCUGAGGACGAAGGAGAGGGGGAGUGUGGUCAAGAGGAGGCUGGCGAAUCUGGAGGUGUACUGCCCGAACAGGGCAUUCGAUUAUCGCAUCAGUGUCAAUCUCGAAAUUCAGACCCCCGAGCCUUCCUCGUCGGAGACGCACGAUUUCUACAGGGAGAAGAAUCGACUCUCCUACACCCACCCGGGGAUGAGGAUCGAUCUGACGCAGGUGAAGGUGCCGUCGCAAGGCGCUGGAGAGGUAAGUCGUGACCAGUCGAGUCGAGUCGAGCGAGGAGGAGGAGGUGCAGCAGCAGGGCAAAUGAAUGGAGCUGCAGGAGGACAGGAUUGGACAGAGUAUGAGGAUGUGAUUGAUCGGUUCUUGAAUGACGUGAGGAUGCUUAUUAGGAAUGCUGGUGGGGCGGGAGUCGGGGGUGGGUAG